GCGGCCCGCCGCCCGCCGCAGGAAGCCGCCGGAGGAUGUGCGGUAGCGGCCCGGAGCCGGCCCGCGCUCUCUGACGAACCCGCGGAGGGCCGCGCUCCCCCGGCCUGGCCGGCCCGGUCCCUCCGUGCGGGGGCAGCAUGUCCAAGAUGCCGGCCAAGAAGAAGAGCUGCUUCCAGAUCACCAGCGUGACCACGGCGCAGGUGGCCAGCAGCAUUACCGAGGACACAGAGAGCCUGGACGACCCGGAUGAGUCCCGCACCGAGGAUGUGUCGUCUGAAAUUUUUGAUGUUUCCCGAGCCACCGACUACGGCCCCGAGGACGUCUGUGAGCGGAGCUCCUCCGAAGAAACUCUCAACAACGUGGGUGAGGCUGAAACUCCCAGCAGCGUCUCUCCCAACAUCCUCCUGGAUGGGCAGCUGGCCGCAGCUGCGGGCGGGGGGGCUGCUGUGCCGCCAGCGGUGGCCCCCAGUGGGGGGGCCGUACCCAAGAGCUCUGCCGUGCCCCUGCCAGCUGCCGGUGCUGGAGGCGGCGGUGCUCAACCUGCCUUGCCCUCCUCAGGGCCCUCUGCGCCUGGGACAGCGGCUCAGACAGUGGCUGCCGCAUGCAGCUCACGUUUCAGGGUGAUCAAGCUGGAUCACGGUACAGGGGAGCCCUACAGGCGAGGACGAUGGACGUGUAUGGAGUAUUAUGACCGGGACUCUGAUGGCAGUGGUGUCCUGGGCAGGACUGGAGAUUGCAUUAGGCACAGCAGCACCUUUGAGCAGGCUGCUCAAGAGAGAGACAGUGGACUCGGUGCCACAGGAGGUUCCAUCGUGGUCUCGGCUGUGCCGGCAUCGGCACAUGGCCCUGAUUCCAUAGCUGACAGUUCCCUUACUGCUGUGUCACAGCUGCUCCAGACAGAGAAGAUGAACCAGGCCUCUCUACAGCAACCUAAUUUUGUCAUUGGGCAACAGCAGCAGUCGCAACAACCCAUAGGUGGGGCCAUGCCUCAAAGUACUGCUCAGCCUAUGUUCUCUGGGGCUUCGGUAGCAAAUCAGCAAAUAAUGGUGCCACAGCAAUCACAGCCACAGGUAAACACGCAGAGUGUUGCACAGGCUGGACCCAAUGGAAAAGGCAUCGCACCUCCUAAUGUAACGAUGGGCCAGCCAAGCAUUCCUGUGGCACAGCAGCAGGUGCAGCAAGCAAGCGUCCCAGUGACUCAGCCUCAACAAUUUGCUUAUUCUCAGUCCCAGAUUCCACCAGUGCAUCUACUGCCAACGCAACCUUCUGGUCAGUCUGAAUACAUGCAACAUAUGACAAUUAUGCAGCCUCAAGGAGCUAUUCAGCAGGCUCCUGCGGGCUCUGUUCCGAGUACUGCGGCUUCCAACCUGCCUGUGGGACAGGUGACUGGCCCGAGCCCUUCACCUGGGGGAGCACCAGUGAUGGGGGUGCCAGCGCAGCCGGGUGAAGCAGUUGCACAGGGAUCUGGAAUUAUGCAGAGUGGGCAGACGCAAGCUGGUCAGACUGCUGUCCAGCAGCCAGGAGGUGUGGUGCAGCAAGGAAUCGGACAUGCAGGGGUUGUGCAACAGAAAUCUGUGACUCAGCAUCAAAUAAGUGGAAGCAGUCAAGUGUCUGGAAUGCCUGGUGCUCCCCAUGCCGUGGUUUCUGGAGUUCAGAACGUGCCUGCAGUUGUGCCCGGUACAAGCGUGCCUAGUGUGUCUACCACUUCUGUUACUAUGCCAAAUGUCCCUGUUACUCUGGUCCAGUCACAACUGCCUAGCCACACUUCUGUCAGCAGAAGUACCGGCGUUGUCCAGCAGCAGCAACAUGUCGGGCACUCCUUGAUACAAGGCGCACCUAAUGUACCUACAAAUCUGCCACAGUCAAACCUCGGACAGUUUCAGACUCAAGCUCAAUCUGUAGUAGGCCAGAUUGAUGAUACUAGAAGAAAAUCGGAACCCCUACCUCAGCCACCACUUUCUCUUACAGCUGAAAUUAAACCUCUCGUGAAGCCUCCCAUUCCAGACACUCUAGCAAAUCCUCUUCAAUUACCUGCAAGUACUCCUAUGAACAGUCUUGCCAGCUCUGUGUUUGGCAUAUCUAUUCCUGUUGAUGGUGAUGAAGACAGGAAUCCGUCAACCGCAUUCUACCAAGCGUUCCAUUUCAACAAGUUACGUGAGUCAAAGACCUUCUGGGAUAGCGCGUCUGGUGCAAGUGUUGUUGCCAUUGACAACAAAAUAGAACAGGCAAUGGAUCUAGUGAAAAGCCAUUUGAUGUACGCAGUAAGAGAAGAAGUGGAAGUUCUGAAGGAACAAAUAAAAGAAUUAGUCGAAAGAAACUCUUUACUUGAACGCGAGAACGCACUGUUGAAAUCUCUUUCAAGCAACGAUCAGUUAUCCCAACUCUCAACCCAACAGGCCAAUCCCAGUAGCACUUUGCAGGCGCAGACGGUGCCAGCGCAGCCUCCGCCGCCAGCACAACCUCCGCAGCAGCCGAAUGUCUCCUCAGCGUAGAGCUUUCCCGCCUCGUUUCAAAGCAGAAAACCUGAGAGCAGUCUGUCCUCGUGUGCCACUGAUGUUCUUUCCACUUGAUAUGAAAGCGAGUAGCCAUGCUUCUGUCGUGUGUUCGGCCUUCUCAGUAUUAGACAAUCACUCUACCAGAGCUUUCCCUCGCUGCCGUGUGGCGGCGUGCAGCCGGUGCCCGGUGUCGCUGGCGGACGGAGCCGUUGUGUGAGGCCGGGCCGCGCUGCCGCUCCCUGGGCCUCGCAUCCCGGGCAGCGUCCAUUCGCCCUCAGAGCCACUGUUCUUUCCAUAUAAGUAACAUUUGCCUACAUUAGUUUCAUUUAUUUGUUUUAUUUAUUACAGGGCUGCUAUUUUCAUAAUGUCCGUGAACAAUGUCACAGAACUUUUUUUUUUUUAAAUUUUUUUUUAAUAAAUGUGUGUAUCGGUAAAAUGAUCGGUGGGAUUGCGUUCAACAGGUAAAAUGUUUAGGCAAUAAUUGAACAAAAGAAUCCUGGCAUAUUUCUAACACUAAUGGCAAUUCACCCUUGGUAUUUAUUUACGGUAGUGAAGAUCCAGCUUGAAUGUAAAUUUUGUAUAGAGUGUAAGUAUGAAGACCAUAGUGCAUCUGUACAGGUAGUCACCAGUUCUUGUGAUAUAAUAAAUAAUGGAUGGGCUAUUUUGAUGAAGAAAACUUUGCUCAUUUCUGUUUCUACUUUCUAAUAGAGAGAAAUUGCCACGAUUCCUCCGCUUUUUGACAUUUCGUAUAAUUAUUAUUAUUUUUUUUCGGGUGGGAAUAAAAAGCUGUGAAAUUGUUCAACCUCCUUUGUAACCAAAGAAGCCAAGCUGUGUAAUUGAGUUUUUUUUUUUUUUAUUUUAUAAUGCACAUUCUUUAUGUAUUUUUAUUUAGUGUUUCCUCAUUCACACCUUUCUUUGCUGUCUCGCAUGAUCUGCAUGACCUAUACUCUCGGAACCACUCUCGUACCUCAUGUUUUUAUCCAGCACUCUUAUUGUAACGUGUACCAGUCUGUGAACAACGGCGAUAAAGAGGCAGGACAGGCGGCGCGUGGGGCCGCGCUCGUGCGUUGCGCGGGCGGCCGGCGGCGAAGUGAGCCAUCUUUUGUUCAUUGAAAAUGGUGUUUUGAAUUUCGUAUGCAGGAAACGUUUUGUUACAUUGCAGAUUUUAAUGUAUUUAAUAAAUGCGACAUGCAGAUUACGUGCAGUGUAUACUGAGUAUUUAAAUUAAAAUGUACAUUUCAUAAA